AUGGAAGAAGUUAUAGCAAGAUUCGCUCAACUAACACCACAAGAAAGAGCAAAAAGGAAGAUAGAAAGUCUUGAAGCACUCAAGAAAACAUUUAAAAAGCUAGACCAUGAUGUUAAUAUAGAAGAAUUUUUGGGAGCAAGCAACCAAACAACUCAGGAAUUGAACGAUGAGUUGAGGCAAAUUCAACUACAACUAUCUAACAUACAAAAAAAGUUGUGGUAUUUUGGUAAUGAACCUGAUCACAUUGCCACCUUAGAGCAAGCGAAAGAUGUGGAGGAAACCUUACAUGAAGCUAUUAUUCAAAUGCGUAACCGCAAG